AAGUGCAGCGCAGCCUCUGGAUGGCAGCUGAAGGAUCGGCCAGGUUACAUUGAUCUAGCCUGGUAAAGAUAUCGGGAGACCAUGACCAAGAAAAGAAUUGCAGUGAUUGGGGGAGGUGUGAGUGGGCUCUCCUCUAUCAAGUGCUGCCUGGAGGAAGGCCUGGAGCCAGUCUGCUUUGAAAGGACGGAUGACAUUGGAGGGCUCUGGAGGUUCCAGGAAAAUCCUGAAGAAGGAAGGGCCAGUAUUUACAAAUCAGUGAUCAUCAACACAUCUAAGGAGAUGAUGUGCUUCAGUGACUAUCCCAUCCCAGAUCAUUAUCCUAACUUCAUGCACAACUCCCAGAUCCUCGAGUAUUUCAGGAUGUAUGCCAAAGAAUUUGAUCUUCUAAAGUAUAUUCGCUUUAAGACCACUGUGUGCAGGGUGAAGAAGCAGCCUGAUUUCUCCACUUCAGGCCAAUGGGAGGUAGUCACAGAAUCUGAAGGGAAAAAGGAGGUAAAUGUCUUUGAUGGAGUCAUGGUUUGCACUGGCCAUCACACCAAUGCUCACUUACCCUUGGAAAGCUUUCCUGGAAUUGAAAAGUUCAAAGGACAGUACUUCCAUAGCCGAGACUAUAAGAAUCCAGAUAUUUUCACUGGAAAGAGAGUCAUUAUAAUUGGGAUUGGGAAUUCUGGAGGGGAUCUGGCUGUGGAAAUUUCCCACACAGCCAAGCAGGUUUUCCUCAGCACCAGGAGAGGGGCUUGGAUCCUGAAUCGUGUAGCAGACUAUGGUUAUCCUUUUGAUGUGUUAUUCUCUUCUCGAUAUAAGCAUUUUCUUUCGAAGAUUUGUGGUCAAUCAUUAGUAAACAGUUUUUUGGAGAAAAAGAUGAACCAAAGGUUUGACCACAAGAUGUUUGGCCUAAAGCCUAAACACAGAGCUCUGAGUCAACAUCCAACGGUGAAUGAUGACCUGCCAAAUCGUAUAAUAUCUGGCUUGGUGAAGGUGAAAGGAAACGUGAAGGAAUUCACAGAAACGGCUGCCAUAUUUGACGAUGGCUCCAGGGAGGACCACGUGGAUGCUGUCAUCUUUGCCACAGGCUAUACCUUUGCCUUCCCUUUUCUUGAAGAUUCUGUCCAAGUAGUCAAAAACAAGAUUUCCCUAUAUAAAAAGGUCUUCCCUCCAAACCUGGAAAAGCCAACUCUUGCAAUCAUAGGCUUGAUCCAGCCCUUGGGUGCCAUUAUGCCCAUUUCAGAGCUGCAAGGACGCUGGGUCACUCAAGUAUUUAAAGGGCUAAAGACAUUGCCCUCACAAAGUGAAAUGAAAGCAGAAAUAACUAAGGCUCAAGAGGAAAUUGCUAAAAGGUAUGUGGAGAGCCAACGCCAUACCAUUCAGGGAGACUAUAUAGAUACCAUGGAAGAGCUUGCUGAUCUGGUGGGCGUCAGGCCCAAUCUGCUGUCUCUGGCCUUCACUGACCCCAAAUUGGCAGUACAGCUAUUUUGGGGACCCUGCACUCCAAUCCAGUAUCGUCUUCAAGGCCCUGGAAAAUGGGAUGGAGCCCGAAAAGCUAUCCUCACCACAGAAGAUCGUAUCAGGAAGCCAAUGAUGACUAGAGUGAUUGAAAGCAGUAAUUCCACGACUUCAACAAUAACAAUGGCCAGGUUUAUGCUGGCUGUUAUUUUCUUUGCUAUACUUAUGACCUACUUUUAGCUGUGCCAUUUGUCAUUGCCCUACUUUUCUUUGGAAAAUUUGAUCUACAGAUGCCUUAAGAAUCUGAUGAGAUUGAACAACUCUCAGCUUCACAUUACCCAGGAAUCUACUUUUAUUGCUUUUGCCAAAGGAUUAAUCCUCUGUCCUCUUUUCCCUAGAGUGAGAUGCUAGCUUUUCAUUCAUAUUGAUUUCCCUCCCUUCCUUUCAUGACCCAUCACUUUUUCCUUUUAGUAACCCCUGGACUAUGAGCACAGGUAUUCUUUUAGCCAUCUUUGUUUGUCCUUAGCAGACUUCUUUACAUGUGGUAUGUGCUUAAUAAAUGUUUGUUUUCAUUUAUCAAAUAUUAUGGUGGGGAGCAAAAGUCAAUAUCUGUAUAAGAAAUGGGUGAC